GUGAGUGCAUUUCUGCGUGCAGCUUCUUCAUCCUCAGCGAGCAGCCGAGCUACAGUCUGCAAGCAGCGUUUAUCAUCUGAGGAGUAUCAUGGAAUAAACAUGGCCCACAAUAGAGGCUAUUUCUUUGAAGCCCUGGAUAGAUCAGAGACCAGGCGAGAUGGAGGGUACAAGCACAACUGGAGCUUUUCUCUUUCUGGUGACAGUGAAGAGGAAAGGAGACAUGAUGCGAGCGUGGUGACCAUGGAGGAGAUGGACAGGCAGCAGCCGACCUCCCCCGAGGAGAAAAAGACUCCCACUCUUAGGCACUUCACUUCCUCUGACCCCUUGAGAACAUAUGAAAACCGGCCAAAUAAUCACAUGAGGCCUCUGAACAAGCUGGCACCCAAAAGGCUCAGCGAGGCCCCUCUCACAGUAGCAACGUCCUCCCCCAUGCCCAACAGAACCAACUAUUUCAUCAUCAGUCCCGCACCCUCACAAGGAAUCGUAAUUCAGGGACGACACUUUCAGCACACACACAUGCCCUCCGCAAUAAGGAAACCUGUCCAAAGAAAUGACUUCACCACCACGCAGCCAUCUGUAGAAGUGGACAGCAUCGUCCUCACCUGUCCAGAGAUCCCAGGUAGAGUUCACAGCUCGCCAGACACAUCACACGAAGAAGAGAACCUGAACAUCAAACGCCGCAUCCAGCAGAAAAGGAAACCCUUGGAGGGCUGCUGUAGUUUUCCCUCACAAGUCAAAGCAGCAGAGCCUCUCCGGCCGAACGUCUACCAGGCGGUGUGCAUUAAGUGCAACAAGCUGAGCGAGGACAGAAGCAAGUGUCAGAACUGUGGCAGCGGCCCGGGGCUGCUGCCCUGUCAGCAGGCCACGCUGUCAUCCCCGACCCCCCGACCCCCCAUCCGAUCACAGCCCUCCCCCGGACCAAACAGCCUGCCGCAGAACUUCUACAAACCGGCCACGACCAUGAGGGCACCUCGUGGAGAGACUCUGCCCAUACGGAUCACAAGCACCAAAGGAACCCUGCUGCCUCUGAACAACGGCAGGUCUCCUCUGUUAGCCGGGACAUCGAGCUGCUGCGGAUCCAGGAACACGCCCAAAGGGAAGAGAGCGACGGCGGCCCAGCAGCACGAGCUCAACGACCCCAUCGUCCUGUCCAGCGACGAUGAGGACGAGGCCGACAACGCCAGCACAGGAAGUGUCAACAGACUAGACAGCGUUUCCCCGCGGCCCGCCGACUCCGCGCACUCCUCGCCGGCGCCCUCCGGAGGCAGAGUGGAGGCGGCGGUGAAAAGCACCGGAGAGCAAGAGGAGCUGAACACGGAAUUCUUUGAAGACGUCAACAUGAAGAUCACGAUACCACGGAGAGCACGGAUGAAAGAUCAGUUUGGAAAUCAACCCGCAGUUGAGCAGUUUUCACCCAGAACAAAGAAGCCCAAAAUCACGUCCAAUAAGUGUGACAGCAUCAUACUGGAGUGUCGGAGUGUAAGAGUAGGAACUCUCCGUAGGAUGGUGACGAAGCCCGUCGUCUUUUCCAUCGACAAAAUCCAGCUUGAAACUGAAGAUCCGGAGCGCGGCAGCAUAGAGAAGGUUUGUCUCCAGGCGUCGGAGCUGAUCAGCUGUGAGUGGUGCAGCGUCCGGAAGCUGCCGGUCUUGUUCUUCCAGACGGCUCCGGAGGAGUGCGUCCGCCUGCGCACACAACUCAAUAUGUCCAACGAGAAGGGAGGCCAGUGGUACAACUGCACCGGGGACCAGUCGGAUGAGAAGUACAUUGUUCUGAUCUUCGAGAACGGCCUGGCGAUGAAGGAGCAGAUGAUCCUGGAGGACAUCCUGCGAGAGAUCGGCAGGACCAACAACCUCAUCAACUUCCCCGCCAAGCUGCCCUUCGAAGAGGCCAACAUCCGACUGGUCAACUAUAACAAGGCGUCGAAGCAGAAGGAGGAGAAGGCGAAGCCAGUACAAACCCCUCCCAAAAUGUCCCAAGUUUCCCCGGUUACCAAGGUCACCCCGGUCAGCAAGGUCACUCAGGUCACGCAGGUUACGACGGUGAUGCCCGUACGCACACGGAUGGCCACUCGCCAGCAGACCAGCACCUACUUUGAAGAUGAAGACGAGGACAUGACCGACCUCCAGCCCACCUUCUCCGGACCAAUUGUCAAAUUAAUGGUGUAUCCCCCUCCUCCAGCCAAAGGUGGCAUAUUAGUCACUAAUGAAGACCUCCACUGCCUUAAUGAUGGAGAAUUCCUUAACGACGUUAUCAUAGACUUUUAUUUAAAAUAUUUAGUUUUAGAGAAAUUGAAAAAAGAAGAUGCACAAAGGAUUCAUGUGUUCAGCUCCUUCUUCUACAAGAGACUGAACCAGAGGGAGCGGAGGAACGUUCCCGACACGACAAACCUGCCAAUCCAGAAAAGGAAGCACAACAGGGUAAAGACGUGGACUCGGCACGUUGAUCUGUUUCAGAAGGACUUCAUUUUUGUUCCCAUCAAUGAGUCAGCUCACUGGUACUUGGCAGUCAUCUGCUUCCCAGGCCUCGAGGGUGCGGUGUACGAACAGAACCCGCUGUACCAUGGCCCGUUUCCAGCCCCGACCCCGGCCGCAGAUCCUCCAUCGGAGGAGGACAUCCCGGAUCACUGCCGGCCUCUGUCCCCAGAAAGAGACGGGCUGGACAACUCCUCAGAUCACUCGUCCCCCGGCGUCCCCGAAGCGUCCGCAGAGGGUCAGACCGAAGGCGACCCCAAGGAGAACUCUGCCGUCACAGACAGGGGACAAGAGGCUUCCAGUACUCCUGCGGCAUCGGGCAAUGGCCAGGCCGACCCCGAGCAACAGUUCACAAGCGGUUUGCACCGAAUCAGUGUUUGUUACAGUUCAAGAAACGGCGAGGACGACACCUACACCUUCUCUGAUGACCAAAGCUCCUGUCAGGAUGAGUGCAGUGAGGACGGGACUCUGGCUGAAGACUCUCUCAGCGCCGACGCCUCUGGUUUGGCCUCGAAACAGAACCUCUGCAAACAGCCUUGUAUUCUCAUCAUGGACUCCCUGCGUGGUCCGGCCAGAUCGACUGUGGUGAAAACUCUCAGAGAGUACCUGGAGGUGGAGUGGGAGGUGCGUAAAGGGACUCAACGGAGUUUCGGGAAGGACGUUAUGAAGGGCUCCAGCCCACGUGUGCCUCAGCAGGAUAACUUCAGCGACUGUGGAGUUUACAUCCUGCAGUAUGUGGAGAGCUUUUUCGAGAAUCCGAUUCCCAGUUUUCAUCUACCGGUGAACCUGUCGGAGUGGUUUCCUCAGCAGCGGAUGAAGACGAAGCGCGAGGAGAUCAAGGAGCUGAUCCUGAAGAUCCAAGCGCAACAAGAACUGGACAAGAAGGAGUCCGACCAGGUCGAGGCUCCGCCGGGCUCUUCCGAAGAGCCGGAGAUCGAAGAGACUUCUGGGUCGACAGGCGGGCUGCCAAACCUACCCAUCAGCCCCUGAAACAAACUCCACCCUCCUCCUCCUCCUCCUCCUCCUCAUCCUCACCCCGUCACUCCCAGGCCCAAUCGGGGGGGCCGAACCUUAUCAUACGCUGCUGGUUUCACUUCAACAGUCCUUAACUCCUCCCUUCAUUAACCACACACAACAAACAAAUUUGUAAUGAAUAAAACACGAACUGUAAAUA